AUGGUGGUGGGUAGCUUAUUAAAAGAACAAUUCAAAGAUUGUGGACGGAUAUACCGUUCGACCGAAACUGUAAAGGAUUUUAGGAUUAAAGAAAAAGUCAAUUUAUCAUACAUGCAAGCAUCGCGUGGGAAAUGUAACGCAUUAGAACUUUUGCAAGGUAGUUCGUCAAGUUCUUUUGCCGAACUUCCCGUCUAUUGUUAUAACUUGGAGAAGGCUAAUCCAGGAACAGUGACACACAUACACACUGAUUCUGAAAGUCGUUUUGAAAUGUUAUUUGUGGCCAUAGGUACGGUGAUUCGGAGCUUUGUCCGAAAUUUAAGACCGCUUAUCCUCAUAGAUGCGGCCCACUUGAAGGGUGAAUUUAAAGGAACAAUGUUUUUGGCUGUUGGCAUGGACGGAAACAAUCAGAUUUUGCCUAUUGGUUAUGGCAUUGGUAAAUCUGAAGACGGUGAGUCGUGGACGUGGUUCCUUUCAAAACUAAAAGAAUGCAUCGGCGAGCAUCCAGAUUUGGCAAUCAUUUCUGACCGGGCAGCUUCUAUACAAUUAGCCGUACGGGUUGUGUUUCCAAGAAGCUUUCACGGGUUAUGUUGUCGUCAUUUGAUGGUCAACCUUCGUUUACCGUAA